GGAGAAGCUCAGUGUGGAAGCUCAGUGUGGAAGAGGAUAACAUAUUCAAGAGUACUCAGUCCUGCAGAACCAACUCUGAGUGAUUACUCAAAGCCAGAGAUGGAGAAAGGCACUCCCAUCGGUCCCAAAAUUGGGGAAAUAUCAGAGAGCCGGGUGAGGGAGAGCGGCCCCGAGAGCUGUUCCCAGGCGGUGGCCCUGGCCGAGGAGCUCCUCUUGAGGCAGGAGAAGCAGAUACACAAUCGCUCCUCCUUGGCGUAUAUAGAUUGUUGCGUCUUCUCUGUUGGGUCUUUGGUGGAGUUGCCGGUACCUUUGGAGGAGGCAGCCGGGAGCAUCUCCGAGGCAGGCCAGGAUCCCUCUGAGAGCGAGUGGAGGCAUCUCUCGAUAUACAUCAAAGACGAGGAGGGCAGAGAGUGUGGAAAGAGCUUCAAUCGCAGAUCAGAGCUUUUGAGGCAUCAAAGAAUCCACACAGCAGGGAAAGCGUAUAUCUGCUCACCCUGUGGCAAGAGCUUCUCACAUAAAGCAAACCUCAUUCAGCACCAAAGAAUUCAUUCAGAUGAGAAGCCACUGAUCUGCUCAGGGAGUGGAAAGAGUUUCUCUGAUGAAAAUAAGAAUAAUGCACAUUUCCUAAAACAUAAUAGAAAGAAGGCAUAUAAAUGCGUUCAGUGUGGAAAGAACUUCAGUCACAAUUCCAAUCUUCACCGUCAUCAAAGGAUCCACACAGGAGAGAAACCUUUUGAAUGCUCACGAUGUGGAAAGAAAUUCAGUCAGAGUGGCCAUCUUCAGAAACAUCUAAGAACCCACAUGGUUGAGAGACCUUUUGAGUGCUCAGAGUGUGGAAACAGCUUCAAGUGGAAUAGUGCCCUUCAGCGGCAUCGAAGAACCCACACAGGCAAGAAACCUUUUGAGUGCUCAAAAUGUGGAAAGAGCUUUCAGUGGAGCAGUGACCGUCGACGGCAUCAAAGAACCCACAUGAGGAGGAACAGCAUCAAACCUUUUGAGUGCUCAGAGUGUGGAAAGAAUUUCAAGUGGAAUAGCCACCUUCAGCAGCAUCGAAGAACCCACACAGACGAGAAGCCUUUUGAGUGCUCAGAGUGUGGAAAGAGCUUCAAGUGGAGCAGUGCCUGUCGACGGCAUCAAAGAAUCCACAUGAGGAGAAACAGAUUCACUGCUAGGCCUCUGGGAGAAGCUCAGUGUGGAAGCUCAGUGUGGAAGAGGAUAACAUAUUCAAGAGUACUCAGUCCUGCAGAACCAACUCUGAGUGAUUACUCAAAGCCAGAGAUGGAGAAAGGCACUCCCAUCGGUCCCAAAAUUGGGGAAAUAUCAGAGAGCCGGGUGAGGGAGAGCGGCCCCGAGAGCUGUUCCCAGGCGGUGGCCCUGGCCGAGGAGCUCCUCUUGAGGCAGGAGAAGCAGAUACACAAUCGCUCCUCCUUGGCGUAUAUAGAUUGUUGCGUCUUCUCUGUUGGGUCUUUGGUGGAGUUGCCGGUACCUUUGGAGGAGGCAGCCGGGAGCAUCUCCGAGGCAGGCCAGGAUCCCUCUGAGAGCGAGUGGAGGCAUCUCUCGAUAUACAUCAAAGACGAGGAGGGCAGAGAGUGUGGAAAGAGCUUCAAUCGCAGAUCAGAGCUUUUGAGGCAUCAAAGAAUCCACACAGCAGGGAAAGCGUAUAUCUGCUCACCCUGUGGCAAGAGCUUCUCACAUAAAGCAAACCUCAUUCAGCACCAAAGAAUUCAUUCAGAUGAGAAGCCACUGAUCUGCUCAGGGAGUGGAAAGAGUUUCUCUGAUGAAAAUAAGAAUAAUGCACAUUUCCUAAAACAUAAUAGAAAGAAGGCAUAUAAAUGCGUUCAGUGUGGAAAGAACUUCAGUCACAAUUCCAAUCUUCACCGUCAUCAAAGGAUCCACACAGGAGAGAAACCUUUUGAAUGCUCACGAUGUGGAAAGAAAUUCAGUCAGAGUGGCCAUCUUCAGAAACAUCUAAGAACCCACAUGGUUGAGAGACCUUUUGAGUGCUCAGAGUGUGGAAACAGCUUCAAGUGGAAUAGUGCCCUUCAGCGGCAUCGAAGAACCCACACAGGCAAGAAACCUUUUGAGUGCUCAAAAUGUGGAAAGAGCUUUCAGUGGAGCAGUGACCGUCGACGGCAUCAAAGAACCCACAUGAGGAGGAACAGCAUCGCUGCUAGACCUCUGACAAGAGCUCCUUUCAUAUUUCAUACAUUAACUGCAACUGUAUAG